AUGUACACAGGCACAAACUGUUCGCUAUGCGAUCUGAUGAAGCAACAGAUCGAAAUCGCAUCGCAAAGUAUGCCUCAGAUCCAACUCUGCACUUACAACAUUCGCGACGAUUCGCUGGCGCAAGUUCAUGUUUGGCGGAGGAAGUAUCAGUAUGAUAUUCCUGUGCUACAUUUGGGCGAUAGAGAGAUCUUUCGACACCGAGUAAGCGCAGAAGAUCUGGUCAAGAGGCUGCGGGAAGAAUUGGACGAGCGGAAGGAUAAAGAGUAA